AUGCUGUGCAACUGUUUGCGGAGCAUAGAGAUACUACUACUUUUGAGUGUGCAUUUUGCAACGUCAGGACCGUUGCGGAUUGCUAGCAACGGUGUUGAUUCGGUGGUUUUAGGAGGUAACGAAAAGACGCUGAUUAUCGAUACGUCCACAUCAUUUCGAGUAAUGAAUCACUCAAGAUGCGCAUAUGUGCUGCUUUCAGUUGAGCGUUUGGAUGCUCCAAUAGAGCGGAUUGAAAUCCGAUUGAUCGACGAGAAUACGACACAACCGGUGUUGAUCGAUAUCCAGAAACCAACGCAGUCGCCGUCGAGCGCCGAGGCGAGUUCCAACUCGGUGAUUGAGCCAGAUUCUGGCGGUGAGAACGACGAACAAGGAACGCAUCUGCACCAUCACCAUCAUCAUCACCAUCAUGAAGCCAAAGAACGCAAGCAAACAACGAUCGGAUUCGAGGUGAAACUCGAGCGAAAAGUUGAGCAUAUCGUGCCGAAUAGUGGAACGGAUGUGAAGAAUCGAUGGAGUAAUUCGGAUUCUGUUGGUCAGUCGGAACGUGUCAAUCAUGGAAACAACGAAUAUGUCGAUGAUCUACCGCCAUUGGAUAUCGGUGACGAUACG